AUGACAAACAAUCUCCAACCCACAAUACAAAGAAAAAACACACUCCUUUAUGAACAGCGAAUAAAAAAUGAAAUUCAAACAUUAUUCCCUACUUCUUCACCAGUUAUAACAAUAAAAUCGAGUCUAUAUAAUUCUGAAGAAUGGAAUAAAUACAAUACAAAUUUACACAAAAUUCGACAACAACAAAAAGUCAAUUCAGAAUGGACAGCUGUCUACAAUAAAGAAGGAAAAAUUAAUUGUUUGAUCCAAAUGUUGUUUCUAAUAGAGGGAAUAGAAAGAUCUGAAACAUCUCGUUGGAGAAAGGUUUAUGACAACAUUGUUUUUGUAAAAAGAAUAAUAAAAGAAGAAAAUAUUUUUCUAGAAGCUUUCCUUGAACUUAUUAAAAAUUUGAAUAUAUCGAUUAAUUACCUUCAAGAAAUAGAUUCGGACGAAUUUAAGAAUCUGAUUUAUUUGAUCUUGAGAAAAACACCCAAUUUAAUGGUUCUAGAGAAAAUAACAAGCAAUACAAACAGUAUCAAACCAAAAAGACUUAGACAAAAAAAAAAUUCAGACCUUUAUAAAAAGCGCAUAAAUAAAGAAUAUCCACUAUUGCCUCCAACUGUCUCACUAGUUAUACUGAUAAGAUCGAGUUCAUAUAACAAUGUUGAAUGGUAUGAAUACAAUGCAGAAUUACACAAAAGCCGGCAACAACAAAAAGUCAAUGUGGAAUGGGCUGCUGUUUAUAGUAUAUUUAUUCAAUUUUAUCAAUUAAUGUCCUUUCAAUUAGAAGGAAUAAAAACUGAAACAACUCGUUUGAGAAAAGUCUAUGAAUUAGUUGUUCUUGUAAAAGAAAUUAUAAAACAAGAAAAUAUUUCCUUAGAAACUUUUCUUAAAAAUAUUAUUGAUUUGAAUAUAACAAUAAAUUAUCUUCAAGAAGUAGAAUCUGAAAUAUUUAAAAAUUUGGUUGAUUUAGUAAUGAAAUUUAGGAUUAAG